AUGGCCGAGGGAUCAGAGCCAGCCAGCGUGGAUUUCAAUACAUGCAUUGAUGAUCUGGAUGAGGGGACUGAGUCCAACAUCAGCAAAGUUGCAGAUGAAACGAAGCUGGGUGUGAGUGUGGAAGUGCUGGAGGUCCCUCUUGCAUCUCCUCUCCCUUUCGCGCUGUCGCCUCCUCUCUCAGUCUCCCUCUCCCCCUGUGGGGCCGGGCCAUGCCCCCGGCCCCGGGCGGGGCUGCCCCGUCCCCGCCCCCGGCCGUCCCGCUGCGGUCUCGGCUCCGCCCGGCUCUGGCUGUGCUGGCGGUGGCGCUGCUGGGCGGGCAUCAGUGCCUGGGGCUGGGGCGGCAUCGCCGCCCUUUGGCUCCGCCUGGCCGGAGCCUGGCCCCAGCCCCGGCUCCUCCCGGGCCCCGCGGAGGACACAGGCGGCGCGGCCGCUCCCGCCGCCUCCGCUGCGGCUUCCCCGGCCCGAGCUCCGCCGCUCGGCAGCGCGGCCGCCGGCCCCGAGCCGCCGCUGUCCCGUUGCCAGGAGCGAACGCCUGGGGAUGGCCGGCCCGGGGCGCUCGGGGGGCGCUCGGGGGCCGCUCCUGGCCGCGGGCCGAGCGCUGACAGCCGCGUCCCGCCCGCAGGGAAGGCGCAGGAGGCCCUGCAGGAGCGGUACCGGCUGGGUUCGCUGCUGGGCAGCGGCGGCUUCGGCAGCGUCUUCGCGGCCACGCGGCUCUCGGACGGCGCCCCGCCCGAUGGCACCAGCGCACCCCUGGAGAUCGUGCUGCUGGCCAAGGUGUCCUCUGGCUGCGCUGGUGUCAUUCAGCUCCUGGAGUGGCUUGAGCUCCCCGACAGUUUCUUGCUGGUGCUGGAGCGUCCGGAGCGGUGCCAGGACCUGUCGGGUUUCCUGGCGGAGCGGAGGUUCCUGCCGGAGGAGGAGGCGCGGGGGCUGUUCCGCCAGGUGCUGGAGGCCGUGCGGCACUGCACCAGCUGCGGGGUCCUGCACAGGGACAUCAAGCCCCAGAACAUCCUGCUCGACCUGGCCACUGGGCAGCUGAAACUGAUCGACUUUGGCUGUGGUGCCUUCCUCCAAGACACAGCCUACACCCAGUUUGCAGGAACCCUGUCCUACAGCCCACCAGAGUGGAUCCACCACCAACGCUACCACUGCGAGGCAGCCAUCUGGUCCCUGGGCCUCCUGCUGUACCACCUGGUCAUGGGCAAGCACCCGUUCAGGAGGGGCCAGGAGAUCAUCUGGGGGCAGAUCUUGUUCCCACGACGGCUCUCUCAAGAGUGCCAGGAUGUCAUUAAGAGGUGUUUGUCCAUGCAGCCCUUGGACAGGCUGUCCUUAGAAGAGCUUUUCUGCGAUCCUUGGGUGCAGGGUGUUCCUCUGCCCUAGAAGAUGGGAGAGUUCCACGUGCACAGUUGGAUCCAGGGGCCUGGCAGGUAUCAGCUCCACACAUCUCUUUGCAAUCAGUGACAAAGCCAACCAGACAGGUUUUGUUCUGCCUGUAGCUCUGAGCAGGGGUCAGCAGAAGGGAACAUGCAGCUCUUGGGCUGGAGCUGAGCUAGAGACCUGGUGUGGCAAGCACUGGUGGCUACCAUCUGAGCUGGUUUUGCUUGUCCUGGUUCACUGACCGCUGAAGCCCUGGGCAGAACCCUGACAGCCUGGUCUGGCCCCAGGGAAGGAGAAAGAGCCCCUGGAGAAGCUGUACCCAGUGGGGCUGCUGCUGGAGACACCAAGGACAACUUCAAGGACGACAAUGUCUUACUUGGCCUGGCCAGCUGAAGAUGAUGGACUUUGAUUCUGGCACCUUCUCCAUAGCCAGGCUCCACAGGGAAUUUGCAGAUGAGUCCACACGCAGGGGGAUGCUCCCAGAUUUGGGCAUUGCACAGCCUGGCCGGGAACCAAAGGUUCCCCUUUGCUGGGGCAGAUGCAGCUGAUCCUUCAGUUGGCUGCCAGGCUGCUUUUGGCAGGGCUCGGGGCAUGGGCUGGGGUGGGUACGAAAUGGGAGUGGGCUCCUGGCCCUGCCAACAGCCCCCACCACCCACCAUGCCCCAGGCUGGGGCUGGGGCUGGGGCAGCCAGCCCGACACAAACAAACCCCCAUGGUGGGAGCAGAGGUGGGACUCCAGAACCUGUGCAGGGGCUGAUUUGCUUUGCAGGCAAGGAAGAGCUUGGGCUGCUCCACUGCCCUUGUUUGCUUUGGGAUCACCAUGGGGGGCAGUGCAGUGGGGGAAUGGCGAAAGCCUGGGCCUCCCUCACCUGUGGGUGGGUUUUCCUGGCAUGCAGGGCUCGGGCCUUUCUCAAGCCCCUGACAGAGGUAAGAUUUCUGACCUUUUUUCUUGUUUUCCUUUUUGUCUAUAAUAUAUUUUCAAUAAUUUGUUGUGUGUUUUUCUAGAGGAAGCGUCCUCUAGGUGGGGUCCAGUCUGGAUGGGGAAGUGCUUGGGAGCAGCUGCGGCAUGGAUGGGCCGUGCCCUUGGAGAAGGCUGAGGACAUCAUUUGGGACCAGCUUUUCUUCGAGCGGUGGAUGGCGUCAGCCUCCCCUCUCUGUGUCCCAGAAGAAAUUGGAUGGAUUGUGUUUUUCUCUCCGAGUCGUCUCGUUCAGCAUGAGCAGCUGAGCACCAGGAGCUGAAGGAGCUGAAGCCUCAGGCCACAAGAGCUGGGCCAGAUGAGACUUUCUGAACAAAUGAAUGCUGCUAACAUGGACCUGGCUGAAUGCAGCAGAUGGAAUCAUGGAAUCACAGGAUCCUUUCUGUUGGAAAAGACCUCUGAGCUCAUCCAGUCCAGCUGGUCACCCAGCAGUGUCGAGCCCACCACUAAACCAUGUCCCUGAAGUGC